UAAAAAUUUUUAAUAAAAAAAAUUAGAUUAGAUUUUAAAAAAUAAUUAAGUAGAAACCUAUUUUUAAAAAUGAAGACAAUUAUUUAAAUGGUAGGAAUUUUUGGUAUAUUUUAGUAUGGAUUGUACAUGUAUUCAAAGCAUCAUUAAAGAGUUAAAGUAGAGAAAGCUUUACUCAAAAAGAGAUACAUUUUGUAUAAGAAUUAUUAGGGAAAAUUUUAAAGAUCACCAUAAAUAUUUGAGAAGCUAUUAUAAGAGUGCUCGCCUUUUAUAAAAGUAAACAAUCAGAUAAAAAUUGUAUAUGAAGAUCCUGAAAUUACUCAAGAUUCUGAAUAGUAACUUUAUAUUGUAGGUAUAGAGCUAAAUGAUGAAUAAUAAUAAUAGGCUGCAAAAAAAAUAGUAAGUAAAUAAAAGGAAUAUAAGCUAGCUGAAAUACCAGAGACAAAUUAUUUAAUUUGCACUGAGCCAGCAUAAAAUAUUGGAGAUACUCCUUUUAAUGAAUUUAUAGAAGAUAUAAUAAUUUAAGCUUUUAAAUCUAUUUUAAAUUCAGAUAAAUUAGAUGCUCAAGGAUAAUACAUAGAAAAGCAAUCUUAUGACAGUGUUGGUAAUCUUUAACAAGUAGAAAUAAGCUAUCCAGUCGAAUUUAGACUUGAAAAAUAUAUUAACCACUCACUAAUCAUUGAAAAACUAAGAAAGUAAGAAGAAAUUAGAAAGAAAUAGGAAGAGUAAAGAAAAAAAGAAGAAGAGGCAGAAAGAAAAAGAUAAGAGCAAUAACUAAAAUAGUAACAAUAAAAGAGCAAAAAGUGGUUUUGA